AUGUCGUCCCAACAAUGCUCAUUAGUUGCCGAUGUCAUAACCCAGUUGCGUACGUUUUGCGCAUGCUUCGCCGCACUUCGAAUCGGAUGGCGUCCGUGAGCCGCCGAAAUUUACCUUUCUCGACGAGAGUACUGUUAUUGAAGAACUUGUUGGUUAUUUUUUAAGAGUCAACUUUGGCAGAGAAAUCGAAGUAAGGUAGCGCCAUAGUCUUUUCAGUUUUUAAAUGUCAAGUGGUCGCUCAAGCUCCGCCCCCUGAUGGCGCGAUAAACCAAUCAGAAGCGAGCCAUCCAGAGAGCGUUUUUGGAUGACGUCAUUUUACUUGGAAAAAAAGGACCGAAAAAAUUGAAAAAGCUUCCUUUCGAUUCCAUAUACAGAAUAUACCUCAAAUCGUCUUGAUUUCCAGCUCGCCCGACCAAAAACUACUUGCGCUUAGUGUUAUCCUAUAGCAGAUGAGAAAUCGAUAAAAAGAAAAAUACCAAAAUUUAAAGUUGAUUUUCUACCGCCAAUACGAAACGCGACCGCGACGCGUCAAGCCGUUCCAUGCAAGUUAUUUUCGGCUUUACAAGUCAUGCUAGAUUUGGUGGGAUACAUGACUCGAACUCGGACUUUUUGGACAUCGUGGUCAUCAUCGGCGAUGAGCAAGGUCGACCAGCCGGUUGCCCCCUUGAUGACCGCUUUUUUCCCGUAGAGACAUCCGAUCGCCACCUUUUCUCUUUCAUUAAACGCAUUUUCAACAGCUCGCCAAAUUUUCGAAUGUUACGCUAUUCACAGAUGUGCAAAAAAUCGGCUAGGUAGAACCGGAUUUUUGGGCAGAGGUUUUCAAACUUUCCAGUGUUGACUUUUUUGAUUUCAAUGUUUUUUUUAGGGGAACGGCUACAAAGAUUCAACAACGAAAAAAAUCAAAUGUUUUUUCUCGAUUUUCUUAAUUCUUGAGAACUUCUCCUGCUUCCAAACCUUCUACCAAAAAAAAAGGAUGUUCAGGUGUCCCGAAUACAAGAAGAUUUCCCGACAGACGAAUGGACGAUCUGUUCUGGAAAACGGGACAUGUGUCCAGCCAACCGGAGAGCCGACCAGCCAAAGCAAAAAGCAGCCCCUUUUCUAG